GGCCCGAUAAUGACGUUGCUGGAGCUGCUGCUGCAGCCGCCCAUGUUGAUGAUGAGGCUGCUAACUUGGUUAUUGCUGCCAGCCUAGAGGACACAGGACGAAGGAUCCAGGCCAGAGCCUCUACGCCCACCACACUCGCCAGACGGACAACAACAACUAGGACAACAACAACAGCAACAACAACAACCAGCCAGGCUUACUGCAUUUCCGCAUCUUGUUCCUGUCGCCGCCGCCGCCGCUGUUGCCGCCACCCGCUGCUGUCAUCCUUGUAGUUGCAUCCAGUUCCAGUCGUUGCCACAGCCGGAGUCACCAUGCCCAUGGCCCACCCACUGCCGCUCUGCGUGGCCUGGCUGCUGCUCCUCGUCGUGAUUGUGAUGAGCGACAUGACAAACGGCGGUGUGCAGGGACCCAUCGAGGGCUACAAUUCGCUGGACGACCUGCUGACAACCACGCCCACUCCCGGCCAGGCCGCCCUCCUCCUGCCCACCGCGCCCACCGCCGCCUACACGCAUCCCAAGUGGAUGGAGCCCUACUUCGAUCCCUCGACGCCGCGCAAUGUCACCGCCCUCAUGGGCAAGUCCGCCUAUCUCAGCUGCCGUGUGCGCAAUUUGGCCAACAAAACGGUGUCCUGGAUCCGGCACCGCGACAUCCACAUACUGACGGUGGGCUCGUACACCUACACCAGCGACCAGCGCUUCCAGGCGACCCAUCACCAGGACACGGAGGACUGGACACUGCAGAUAAAGUGGGCCCAGAAACGGGACGCCGGCAUGUACGAGUGCCAGAUAUCCACACAGCCAGUGCGCAGCUAUUUCGUUCGCCUGAAUGUCGUGGUGCCAACGGCCACCAUCCUGGGAGGUCCUGACCUUCACGUGGAUAAAGGCAGCACCAUAAAUCUCACUUGCACUGUAAAGUUCAGCCCCGAACCGCCGGCCUACAUCUUUUGGUAUCAUCACGAGGAGGUCAUUAAUUAUGAUUCAUCAAGAGGCGGCGUGUCGGUAAUUACCGAAAAGGGCGAUGUGACAACCUCGUUUCUGCUCAUACAGAAUGCAGAUCUGGCCGAUUCGGGCAAAUACUCCUGCGCGCCCUCCAAUGCAGAUGUGGCCAGUGUGCGUGUGCAUGUCCUAAAUGGUGAACAUCCGGAGGCAAUGCAAACUGGCUCAUCCGGUUGUCAGUACAAUUGGCUGACCAUCGUCCUGCUGCUGGGCCUCGUCCUUUGCUACAGCAGUCAGCAGUGCAGCUCGGCAGUGCCGGCGUCAUUAACAUCGCCAUUACCAUUACCAUCGCAAUUACCAUUGCCGGCGGCUGCAGCAGCAGCAGCAGCAGCAAAAACAACUGCCACGGGAGAAAGUGCAUCCAGUGAAAGUGUGACAGCCGCAAGAGCAUCAUCAUCAUCAUCGGCAACAACAACAGCAACAACGACUACAGAAGCGAGGAAGCGGUGUCCUGCGGUCAGAAGUUGUCGCCAGACCGCCGGUCAUGUCCUGGCCAAAAGGUCCUGCCACAGAUGAUCGAAUGAAGGCCACAUCAGCCCCAACUAAAUAGAGUAAUUCAAGGAGCCACAUGAAAUGUGUGCGAGUGAGUGUCCGACUAGGAAGCAUCCAUGAGUGUGUGAAUGAUCAUUGCAGUUUGAGUGUUUGCUACUCAGCCCCUUAGUAUGCCAGUUUUAAACUUGUACUCGAAAACCACAUUGCAAAUAACGGCGCA